AAGAAGAAAAGGUAAGAGGGAAAGCGGUCCCAUCGCUUGUGGCUACCCUCCUUUAAUAUGGCUCUUAAUUAGAAUUGGUUGGAAUCGAAGGACCACUUCCACACCUUCUUCUUCUUCUUCUUUAUUUUCUCUCUCUCUCUCUCUCUUGUUGAAGAAGGAAGACGGUGAGAAAUCUCGUAAGCUACUUCACUUAGGGAUCAGAGGCAGAAGAAAAAAGGAAGGGAGGAACUGCCACUUUGAAGAGAUAGGGAUUAGUACCAAUCCCGGAUUUGGCCACUCCUUGCAGUGUAAAGAAAAGCCAUAUCUUACCUAAAGUGUUGAGUAGCCAUUAAAGAAGCUUGAAGAAAGAGAAACUAAAUGAACUAAGAGGAGUUAAGGUUCCAAGAGAAAAAAGAUUAGAGCUUAGAAGGUGUUCAUGGGACCACCAUGCGGCGGCUGGUAUUAGCUUAGUACUCCUCUCUCUCUCUCUCUUCUAGCUAGAAAGCCAUACGGAUAGAUAAUUACUUCAUCUCUCUCUCUUCCCUUCCCUUCCCUUCCCUUAGUUUGUUUAGAGAAAUAUAUGCGCUUUCUCUCCUUUAAUAGCUUAGAAGCACUCCUUCUCUAUUGAUCAAUUAGUCUUACUGUAAACUACACAAGUCCUUCUCUCUUUCUCUCACAACACCUUUCAAUAUCUCUUCAUAACUAAUUCAUGAUGUCUCAUGAAUCCCAUCAUCUUCAUCACCAACACCCCUUCAACGAGUUCUCGGCCAUGGUCGGAAACUCGUCGGCGAUGAACAACUUCGAGACCGGCGUCGGUCAUGAUCUCUUCCACAUGAAUAUGUCAUCAUCAAAUCAUAACUGGAGGGGAUUCUCACAAGAUAGCGACGCUACCGUUUCGGUUGCGGCAGCAAGUGCUUGGCCCUUAGAAUCUGAUCUUCAUGCAAACCAAGUUCAAAGUCUCUCCUUAUCACUCUACAACCCUCCUCCUCAGCCCCCCUCCUUCCAGCUAUCUUCACACCAUCCUUUCCAUAUAAAAAGUUGCAAAUAUCUUCUUCCCACGCAAGAGCUUAUCAAUGAGUUUUGUAGCCUUGGAGGAGGAAAUAGUUUCAAGAGGAAUAAUUUUGCUAAGCCAAUGGAUGAUUCCAGUUCUUCUUGGAGCCAGCAAUCUUUGUACUCCAUGGAACCUAUAGAAUUGCAGAAGAGGAAGGCCAAGCUUCUCUCCAUGCUAGAAGAGGUGGAUAGGAGGUAUAAGAGAUACUGUGAGCAAAUGAAGGCUGUGGUGUCAUCAUUCGAAGACAUCGCCGGCGAAGGAGCUGCGAGAACAUACUCGCAGCUAGCUUCGAAGGCGAUGUCUAGACAUUUUCGAUGUCUAAGAGAUGGGAUCAAUGGGCAAAUCAAGGCGACAAGGAGAGCCAUGGGAGAGAAUGAAGCCGCGGCGACGGCAACCGGCUUGACAAGGGGUGAGACACCAAGGUUAAAGUUGCUUGAUCAAUGCCUUAGACAACAGAAGGCAUUUCAGCAGGCUGGAAUGAUGGAGAGUCAUCCAUGGAGGCCACAACGUGGCUUACCUGACCGUUCAGUCUCCAUUCUUCGUGCUUGGCUUUUUGAACACUUUCUCCACCCGUAUCCAAGCGAUGUUGACAAGCAUAUUUUGGCUCGGCAAACUGGGCUAUCUAGGAGCCAGGUUUCCAAUUGGUUCAUAAAUGCUAGGGUGAGGCUAUGGAAACCAAUGGUUGAGGAGAUGUAUAUGGAAGAGUUGAAAGAGGAUGACAAGAAUAGCCAAUCCUCCCAUGCAACUACUAUGCAAGAAGCAGGAACCAGCUGCAACAAUCCAUACUCAAAUCCUAACCCUAACCCUAGCCCAUCUUCUCAUCUUGGCGCUUUCGAGGAUCGAAAACCUAAGACAUGCCAUUUCCAAAUAGACGAGCAAAACUCCCUCUCAUCUAUCAUCAACAACAUCAAUACUCAUCACCACAAUCCAAACCCUAACCCUAAUCAGAACUUUGGUAUUAUUGACACAGACUUUGGUUCUUAUCAUGGCCAUGAGCUCACCCUCAGCUUGCAACAACAUGAGAGGCCUCUGCUCUUUACAAGGGAGCUACCCAUUGGAGAUGAUGGAGAUGAAGUGCAGUUUUCAAUAUUAGAGGGAGAGAGUCAAAAUAUCCCUUAUAGGAACUUGAUGGGAGCUCAGCUGCUACAUGACUUAGCAGGUUAGAGAAGAUAAGUAAAUUUAGGAUGAAUGAACUGCAUGUACCCAUGCAUGCAUGCACAUGCAUGUAAAAAACACUUUAUAUCAUAAUUAAUAUUAUGAUUGAAAUUCACAUCA